AUGGCUGGUUUGAACAAGAACAAUUCAGCGGUCAAGCGCAUUAUGCAGGAAGCUAGGGAGUUGGCAAACGAUCCGUCUCCAGAGUACUCUGCAGCUCCUCUAGAAGACGAUAUAUUUGAAUGGCAUUGUACUCUUCGCGGUCCUGCUGGAACAGAAUUUGAAGGAGGCUUGUACCACUUCCGCAUUCUCCUUCCUGCAGAAUAUCCGUUCCGGCCCCCAGCACUCAUGAUGCUUACACCCAGUGGUCGGUUUGAAACUGAUACCAAGAUAUGCAUAAGCUUUACGAGUUAUCACGAGGAAUUGUGGCAACCUGCGUGGGGAGUAAGGACAGCGAUAAUCGGGCUACAAGGUUUCUUCCCGUUGAAAGGAAAAGCAGCCGUCGGGGUAGGCUCAAUCGAACACCCAACAGCUGAACGUAAACGAUUAGCUCUUUUAUCACGGUCCUGGGUUUGCCCACAUUGUCAGCAAUCAAACCAGGAGCUACUUCCAGACCCGACGACGGAAGACGGAGCAGUUCAACCUGAACCCGUAGUCACAGAGCAAGUAACGGAACAAACAUCUCCUGCUAUAGCACCGGAACCGAUAAUACCUGUGCCUCCUCCACGUACUCCAGUGCCAAGCCAACUAAGACGCCAGCGACCACCACUGCUUCUCGAUGGAGCCAUUUGUGUUAUCCUCGUUCUUGUUUGUGGCUUGUUGCUGCGGAGGUUCGAGUUCUUAGACUGA